CAAAAAGGAGCCUGCCAAGACCCAGUGUGAGGAAAUCUGUGGCAGAAAGCAGAGGCGAAGGUGCACUGAAGCCAGCAAAACUGCAAGUGCGUCUGUACCCUUAAGAAGGGAGGGCAAGGGCCUCGAAGUUCCUCAACAGUUAGCUAGCACCUGGACAGCACAGCAGACUGACCAAGCACACAGGUCACUAUGACGAGAGCAGUAUGGAGAACGAUUUUAAUUGCCAAAUGAAGAAGAUGGCCUUGGCCAUGGGUGCAUCCCUGACUGACAAGGAUCUUGACCUGCUGCCUUCAGACAUGAGGCAUCAUGCUUCAUUCAACUACACAAAGUUCUUUGAAUACAUGCAGAAGUUUCUGACGUCAGAGGAGCGGGAGAUUCACUUGCGAAAGGCCUUCCAAGUGCUUGACAAGGAUGGGAGUGGCUUCAUUGAGUGGAAUGAAAUCAAGUACAUCUUAUCCACAGUGCCCAGCAACAUGCCAAUGAUGCCAUUAUCAGAUGAAGAGGCUGAAGCCAUGAUCCAAGCAGCUGACACAGAUGGGGAUGGACGGAUUGAUUUUCAAGAGUUUUCUGAUAUGGUCACAAAGGAGAAGGUUCCAAAGAAGAAGUAGAUGAGUGGAAGAUGAGUUGUCUCCUGCUUUCCUAACUCAAGAGUGUCAUGUUGGGGGGAGGGGGGAGGUUCUUGGAGCUUGUCUGUCUGUGAUCAUGUUGCUCUUGUCGAAAGAUCUCUCCCUGUCGUCAUUAUUUUUUUGCAGCUUGCUGUCAGGUCACUAGGGAGGGGGGAGAAAUUCAAUUCAGUUCAGAUUUAAAGCUGAAUUUCUUAAAUUUGCAAUUUCUGAGACACGAUGACAACCAAAACACAGCUACCCUUCGAAAUUCACGCUUAUCUGAAUUUUGCAAUGAAGUUCUCCAACCAGUUUACUACAAAAAUGUAUAAAUUACGGGAGUGUGCGUAAAAUGAACAUAUUGGUGAAAAUAUCACAAAACAGUAUAAAAUAUUUGGAUGAAUUGGUUGCCAAAAAUGAGUACAUUAGUAAAAACUGCAUAUAAAAAUGUAUUUAUUAGGAGAAAUUAACACUACAAUGCUGAAGAAUUUUCAUGGACUUUUAAAAAAAAAUCCUCAAAUUGGUGCAGAAAUGCAGAGAACCAAAUUUAAAAUUAGAAAGUGAGAAACUGAGAGAAAUUGACAGAUCCUUCCAUGCCUUCAGGGCAACCGAGAGAGGUCACUGUAGAGUAUGGGGUUGGGAUAUCCCCACUGAGGACAGAAUGAAUCAGAAUGUGUUGCCUGGGCUCUCUUCUCAUUGGGGAGAAAGUCAGAUGGUCAUGAAAUGCCUCCCAGCCCUUGAAUAAUUUCCUUCCAGGCCCCCAGGCUACCUGCCCCGGAUCAAUUACGUCUCACUAGGCCCAGCAAUGGAAGACUUUAGUACAAUAGUAGCAGAGAGAGAGAGAGCAGCUCUCCAAAUCCCCAGGGCAAUUAUUGCUACAGAGCCCUUCCUGCUUCCCCUACUUUGUUGCGAGCCAUACCUCAGCCCUUGUUGAUCAAAUUUAACUGUAGCCUGGCUCCUCCUCCCUUUGCCUUGAACUGUCUGUUUUUAAUUGGGAAAUUUGUCUGGCUGCCUGACAGCCAAUGAGGAUGUGCUAUGGCCAACAUGAGAGUUAAGCGAAUGGGAUGCGACUCUGAAUGUUUUAUAAACCUCCCGCUGCCCAUCUCCUAAUACCAUAUUCUCAUUCUCUCUCAACCCCAUUGCUAGCCUACCAGUAAGGAAGAGCCCUAGUAGGGUUUUUUUUUUGUCAUCUCCUGUUUGAGACAAAUAAAGCCUUUCUUCUGUUUA